AUGGAGGGGUGGGCGGGGCGACGACUCCAGGUGGCGAAAGAGCGGCUGGAGUUACGACCUGGCCGGACCUUAGACCCGGACGAGAUCGAUGCGUGGCCGCCGGGACAGCCCGGCCGGAGCGUCUCCCCCUCCCGCCGCGGUGGCCGCCGCAGCCGGGCGGGAUUUCCUGCCCCUCCUGCCGGGAACAAUUUGAGGAACCGGCUUCAUCGCCGGGCUUGGAAGGCGAGACGCUUCCAGGCGCUCUCAGAGGCUCGAUCGCACGGAUGCGGGGAGCCUCAGGGCCGCGCCUGGCCCGGAGAUGGGAACGGGGAGAUCUUUGGAGGGCCCUCGUCACGAUGA